AUGGACAUUGAAAAGUUGUCAGAGUUUGUCUGUUCUUUGUUUGAGACAAAAGACAAAACGUUGAUGAAAUUUCUAGUUGUUGAUGAUGUGACAUCGAAGAUCAUGUGGUUUGUAAACAAGAAGUCGAAAGUCACUUAUAAUGUAAUGACAACUACUUUACAAAAAGAAGGAUAUAAUGACAGAUCAUAUGCAGAUGCCAUUUACAUCAUUUCCACUCAAUCGAAAACACUGGAAACACUUAUUUCACAUCUGCAACAUCCAUCGUACCAUUCCUAUUACAUUUAUUUCGUCGAAGAAGUCUCGGACCACAUUAUCGAAAUGAUCGGGACGGCUGACAUUUUUGAAGUGGUUGAUUCUCUCAAAGUAAUUCCCCUUGCUUGGAAACCUGAAACACCAAAUUUAUUCACAACACAAUUUCCGUCUUCGAAGGGAAUUAUUAGUUAUUUGAAGUAUCAAAACGCGCGUCCGACGAUCGUGUAUCAAAAAUUCAGUGAAAAAGCAAAGAACAUUGCGAUUCAAAUAUGUGGAAAUACACAAGAAGAAAGCGACGAGACACUUCUUCUUAUAUUGGAUCGUGGAUUUGACCCAUACACGCCAUUUCUGCCAAACAUCGGUGUUUAUGGGCAAGCAGUGGAGUAUGGCAUUCUGAACGAUACCCAUGUGUGGUGCAAUGGUGUUGUCAUCUUUGCUAAUUAUACAAAAGAGGUGUAUGAAAUGGACCAAUCCACCGCAAACGACUUUUUGAGGAAGGUCGCCGAUGAACAUACAACACUCUCCAAUGAAAUAAAAAGAAAAAUGACUGAAAAUGUUGUCAAAGGAGGUUCCACAAUUGUUUUAAACGAACUUAGUUACCAGAAGAAAAAGGUCGAUAAAAAGAUCGAAGAAAUCACUUGUCUUCUCGAAGUCACAAAUAAUGUCAUGAAGAAGAUGACUGAGAAGUACCACAACGCAGAGGAAUUUGCCAGUUAUUUUAAAAUGCAUUUCACAACUCCAUUAGGGAAAAAGAACGAAAUAAUGGAAGUCAUGGAGGCUAUUAGAGACGACACACAGAAUCUAAAAUAUAGUAAAAUGGUAGACGCUGUUUUUCCCAAAAAUUUGAGGUGUAAUGGGCUUUUUGACAAAAAAAGGUUAUAUAAUUUCUAUGGAUUGUACAACAGUGCAUAUGUUCCUGGUAUUGUGAAGAUCCUCGAUAAUGUAUUCAAUUACAUAAAAGGAACAGAAGAGCUAGUACUUCCGUUUCAGACGGUCAAAGGUAGUAUUAAACAAACAAAGAAGAUGGUGGUGUGGAUAGAAGGUGGGGUUUCUCUUGUUGAAGAAAAGGCGGUGUAUUCAUGGUCGAAGAGUCAUGACACAUUUCCAGUUUUGUUGUGUGGCAAUAAGGUGUUGACGCCAGAGUCUAUGCUUUCUGCUUUCUUUCAUUGA